AUGCUUCUCGAGCAGGUGCCGUGUAGCUUCGUGAAAGACAAUAGUUACAGUCACUGCCCGCUCAAAAAGCGGCCGGUGCACUUUUUAGCGUCCAAGGAGGAGCCAGCAGCGAUCGAAGAGAUGGUCGAAGUCGUGGACGACAUCCCCGAGCCCGAGAACCUCAGCACCAAGCCCGAGGAUCUCAGCAAAACGGCGGAUCGUCACUACCAACACUAUCACAAACCUCAACAGCAAGCGCAGCAACAGCAACAACAUCCGCCAGCGACACCACCGCGGCAGGAAGCGGAACAACAACGCGCGACAAGAACACCAUCACCGAUCGUGAAAGAGUCGAUGUCUCCGGCCGCGGUGGCACAGCCGUCCUCGCCGAUCAACUCGAUGUGCCACGUGCAGCACCCGCCGCACCAUUAUCACCAAGGUUAUCAUCACUCCUACCCGACGAAAAGCAUGACCCCGCCGCCGGGGAUCGCGCCGAUCCACCCGAAGAAGGGACGCAUCGAGGUGCUGCAACACAACUCGUCGACGACGCCGACGGCGGGCGUGACCGCGACAUCGGCACCGCUGCACUUCAUGGCGACCAAGGCACCGCUGGAGCCGCUGAACCUGAACACCCCGGUGGAGCCGUUGGCCCAUUACCCAACGCCAGUUUGGGUCCGCGCGGCACCUCUCUACCACUCGCCGCAUUACCUUUCGUACCCGCCACCCACCUACCGCUACCAUCACCCCGGAACGGAAUUGUACCCGUCGUACCCGGUGCCGGCGUACCCGCACUCUCCCCCGGAAUCACACCCGUCGGUCUCGCCACCUCCUCACAGCGCGCUAACUUGCUCGACGAUCCAACGGCCGAUCGCCAGGAGCUACCCCCAUUGGGCCAGCCCGGACCACUGCGGUCUGUCGCCCACGAGUUCCGUGGGCUCCGGAUCUCUGCGGUCUCCUCCACCCGUCACACCGGAGGACCUCUCUUCGCCCGGCAGCGACAGCGGCAGGUCGUCCGCCGGCAGCACCACCGCCGGCUCCGCGAUCGUCGACGCGAAGAUCGAGAAGAGCGGCUCGAGCGGCGAGGCCGCGAACACGGCCUCGAGCGCGACGUCCUCGAGGUACCAGUGCCCGGACUGCGGCAAGUCCUACUCGACGUUCUCCGGCUUGACGAAACAUCGGCAGUUCCACUGCGCGGCCGCCCAAGGCCAGGCGAAGAAGUCCUUCUCCUGCAAGAACUGCAACAAGGUAUACGUGAGUCUGGGCGCGCUCAAGAUGCACAUCAGGACGCACACGUUGCCGUGCAAGUGCACGAUGUGCGGCAAGGCCUUCUCCAGGCCGUGGCUGCUCCAGGGUCACAUCCGCACGCACACCGGCGAGAAGCCGUUCAGCUGUCAGCAUUGCAACCGCGCGUUUGCCGACAGGAGUAAUCUCAGGGCCCAUCUGCAGACUCACAGCGACGUCAAGAAGUACUCCUGCGACUCGUGCAGCAAGACCUUCAGCAGGAUGUCGCUGCUGACGAAGCACCAGGAGGGCGGCUGCCCCGGCGCGCCGGUGCCGAUCGGGUACGCUUGUUGA